AAGAGCAAAUGAGGAGAGGCAGCGAGUCUUCAUUUACAACUGCACAUGUGUCCUGCUGUGUGUGCGUUGUUGAGCGAAAGAGGAAAAAGCAGCAGAGUCAGAGAGGAGGGCAUGCAGACGUUUGGGAAAAGGAGAGAGAGGAGAGAGAUUCGGCAGACCUGUCGGGGUCUCUCAUGUCACAUUUCUGCCCCGAGGAGCUGACCUAUGUCUCGCUCUAAAAAGAAAACUAAAACGGAAUAAAGGAAAGCUGCACUCUGGAAAACAGUCGGAGCAGUGUACCUUCUCCUCCUGCUGCUACGGCAUUAAAGAAAGAAGAACUGAGGGCAUGAAAGGAGAAUGACUGACAUUUUUAAUUUGUAUCUACAUAAGAAAGAGAAGAGGAGACGGAGGCUUUUGGGCCUGUCUGACAACUGUGGGAGGGCAGAGGAGAUUUAUACUUAUAAUUGUACAGUUAGUCUUCUUUUGGUAUUCUUUGAGAGAAAGGCAAAGAGAAGAGUGGAGAUAAUAGGAGAGGAGAAAAAAGGGGAGGAGAGAGUCGAGCACAGAGUAUUGGAGUACCGAGAGGAGGAGAAAAGAGAAGACCAGAGUAAAGAGGAAAGGAGGAAUGAGAGGACAGGAGAGCAGAUGGGCUCUUCAGAUUAUUAACAUGAAAACAGCUCAGGCAUGUUGAUAAUGAUGGUGAAAACUGGGAGGGAGGUACAGAUUGAUGGUUUCACUGAGCAUUGCAUGGCCUUCGGUGAAUUUGCUGGGACCUCCACACUUGGGAAGAUCGUUGCAUUGUGUUAGCACUCAUUUAAAUGCUCUCAACCAGCAAACUGGCAAAACUAUAGAGGGUAUUUACAGGUUUAAGAAUUCAGGGAAAAUCCUCCUUAUCAUGAGGUGCUGAACUGACUUCUGCAGGAAAAAUAGUAACCACAACAUGAGCGCUCCAACAACAGGAAGCCCAAAUAUGGAAGUGAAGGUGGUGUCCCAGGAGAUGGCAUUGCUUAGCAACAUACUGGCUGCUUACACCUUCAUUGCAGACCAGCCCGAGAGGACAGCGCUUGUGUUUCUUGGCGGCGUGUGCGUUGGCCUUCUUGUCACACUGUGCGCCAUCGUCUUCCAAAUACACUGUCGAGCAGACUGCCACUAUGGCAACACUAACAAUCUUCCCCAUCGCCCAAGGAACAGACUCCAACAUCGUCGGCAUCACAGCUGUCACCACCAUCAGCCCGCAGACAGUAACCCAGACAAUACUGCCGUCGUCCCCUCUGGAGAGACUGGGCCCACUGGGGAAAGUGAGUCUGAGGACUGGGAUGACACAACUGAUCCAUCAGCCCGGAGACGCAGACGCUUUGAGAGAUCCCUAAUGCACGCCACCAUGUUCACAUCGGCUGAGGAGCUGGACCGGGCCCAGAGGCUAGAAGAGCGGGAGAGGAUCCUCCGAGAGAUCUGGAUGAACGGACAACCAGACAUCAGUACAGUCACUCAAAGUCUUAACAGAUAUUAUUGAAACAACAGUAAACAGAGAGAUGCGCAGACUGAGAUACAGACUGAAAAAAGAAGGAAACAAACAUACAGCUGAUGGAUGGACACGGAUCUAAUAGCUAUAUAGGUGAAUAAAUACUAUAUGACAUGAAUAGCCAUCAGCUUACUGGACUGAUGUAUUGUGCCAAUGUGACUCUUGUGAAACUGUCACUGACAGAAAUGCCUGGAGAAGUCCCUCUACUGUGUAAAUUAAUGAAAACAUAUGAGCUGCGAUAGUUCAGUCAUCCAACAAGAGACAGCAAUGACAUUUUUGGAAGAAGAAUGCCCCGAAACAUCAACUGGUAGAGACACAAAGAGCACAGAUGACCACCACUGCUGCCAGCCGUAGCAGAUAUUUCAGAGAAUCUGCGAUAUGUAGCUGCUGCCAUAAAGUCGCUGGGAUUUUCUAACUUUUCUAUUAUUAACAAGUGCUUUGAGAAGUAUAGCAAACAGGGGGCAUAACAGAGGCUACAGCUGUGUGUGAGUGUACAGUCUGAAAUGAAAUGAUGAGAUUAAGCAAGCUUUUAGCUGCUUUCUUAUUCACACGGGGUCACCAAAGCAAGGAUCUUGGCUUGUUAAACUGAUCAUAAUCCAACCAUCUGUACUGGAAAGUAUCAGCUUUUUAACAGCCACUUUUCUAUCGGUGCAUUAGAUUACCAAUUUACUAAUGGCAAUGUUUUUAAUUUAUUCUGUCAACUUAAUUUAAUGAUGACUGAAUUUAAACAGAAUCUAAUGAAAGAUUUCAAACAAUAACUUAUUGUUUAAUUAUUGUCAAUAGUAUUCUCUUUAGUACUUUGUUUUAAGGCCAAAUAAAAGCAAAAAUAUUUGCAUAACAUUUGGAUUAAUUUUCAAUCAGUGGUUCUCAAACCUUUUCUGGCACGCCCCACUUAAUCCUACUCCACUAACAUUGGGUGAUUGUCAUCCAUGUAACUAUAGUCACAUGAUUUUCAUUGUAUUGCUUUAGAGCCUUUUUAUAGGGUCCCCAUGAUACCUUUUUUUCGUUUUAAUGCAGUAACUCAGUGCCCCACAAGUGGCAUCUACCCACAGUCUGAGAACUACUGUCUUAAACACUGGUAUCAAGAUAUGGUCCACAUUUUAGAGUUUUUGCACUUUUCUCAUCUACUCUUAUUUGUUUGUGAACCUGCUAUAAUCCCACCGUGAGUUCUGGAAACUGUAAAAUUAAAGGCAACAGAAGGGAAAAAGUGUAAAUGUGGUGAGAUAGAUGUAAAACUUCCACUCUACAGAGCAGCAUAAUAACUCGAUGCACAGAUGGAGAUAUACUGGUGCUUAUAUUGCUAGAAUUCUGAAUCUCCUAAUGACUGUGUACUAAUAAUUAUGACAGAAAUUGCUUAGGAUGGCAGCUAAUCAGCUGCAGGUCUUUCUGCAUAUCACACAAUGUAUUAGCAGCUCAUGCUCCAUUUAAAUCUGUGUUGAAGAGUUGAAAAAGUGAAUAAACUUUAAUUUCAGUGGUUUUUUUGGUCUGUUUUGGGUCCGUGGUACACACCUCUACUAGGUUUGUUGGCAGAAUCCAUGAUGGUGAGGGUUACAGUUUGAAUGUACACUUUUGAAUUGUGCCAAUAAGAACAACAUAACGAGGGCAUGUGGUCCGGGGAAAUGGUGUGUACAGUCACCUUUAACGACUGGAAAGAGUCUAAUUGUAAUUUGAACAAAAUAAUUUGAACAAAAAAUUUUUAUGUUCCUAUGGUGCAUGAAAUUAAUUUUAGUUAAAUUUAUUAUUGUUGAGAUGAUACGAUCUAGCAAGGGUGGUUGGUGAUUCUAAAUUACCCAUAUGUGAGUGCAAGAGGCCAUACGGUGUUACUUGUGACAGACUUGUCCAGGGUGUAUCCUGGCUCUCGCCCUCUGACAGCUGGGAUAGGCUCCAGCCCACCUACUAUGAUACUACUAGUUAUAAAACCAUAUGAAUUUUAUAAAUCCAUUAAAUUGGAGGGAAAAAGAUGUCCAUGACAAGUUUUAUGUUGACCAGACUAUAUUUUGUUGAACACUCCAAAAAAUAACUCUUCAAAUGAACCUAAAAUAAUCAUGGAAUAGAGUUACACUUUAAUAAAUGGCUUUCUAUUCUGGACUUGACUGCAGCAAAUACGUUUAUUCAACAUUAAUCAAUUAAGUUGGUCCAACUCAAGUACAUUAAGUUGGAAUAACAGCAUUG